AGGUCCAAAGUAUCGCGUGACACUCUUUACGAGUGCGUAAACGGAGUCCUCCAGAGCUCCAAGGAUAAGAAGCGUAAGUUUCUGGAGACAGUGGAGCUCCAAAUUGGAUUGAAGAACUAUGACCCGCAGAAAGACAAACGUUUCUCAGGCACGGUCAAGUUGAAGAACAUCCCAAGACCAAAAAUGCAAGUAUGCAUUCUUGGAGAUCAACAGCAUUGUGACGAAGCCAAGGCUAACAAUGUUCCUUUCAUGGACGCCGAGGCUCUUAAAAAACUGAACAAGAACAAGAAACUCGUCAAGAAGCUCGCUAAAAAAUACGACGCAUUCUUGGCCAGUGAGUCGUUGAUCAAGCAGAUCCCACGUCUGCUGGGUCCGGGUUUGAACAAAGCCGGUAAAUUCCCUGGGCUUUUGUCUCAUCAAGAAUCAAUGAUUGGCAAAAUCGACGAAGUCAAGGCUACCAUCAAGUUCCAGAUGAAGAAGGUACUCUGUCUGUCCGUCGCAGUCGGCCACGUUGAGAUGUCCGAAGAUGAGCUCGUUCAGAACGUUCACUUGUCGAUCAACUUCCUUGUCUCUCUGUUGAAGAAGCACUGGCAGAACGUACGCUCUCUUCACAUCAAAUCUUCGAUGGGACCUCCUCAACGAUUGUACUGA